AUGGCCUACGACUAUGCCCUGGUCCAUCUCAAAUUCACAGUUCCCCUGGCCACGGCGCUCAGUGUUAUAUCGUACCCUAUACUCACCCGGCGCCACUGGUACCAGACUUCCAUCCUCGUACUCAUAGCCGUCUUAGCCACCAUCCCUUGGGACAGUUAUCUCAUCCGGCACAAUGUCUGGACCUACCCGCCAAAUGUUGUUGUCGGGCCGACGUUGCUCUCGAUCCCGGCCGAGGAGCUCUUCUUCUUCGUCAUCCAGACUUACAUCACGUCGCUGCUGUACCACGUGUUGAACAAGCCCUUACUUCACGCUGAGUACCUUGACUCCAAGUCGCAGGUCGCGAGGGUGGUGCACAGGGCGGUCCAGGCUGCAAUCUCCAGCCUCACGCUGCUGGGGCUCUGGCUGAUAUCAAAUGGUGGGCCUGGCACAUAUCUGGGCCUCAUAUUGAUAUGGGCAGGUCCCUUCGCCCUUCUGACAUGGACUCUGGGCGGGCUGUUCAUGGCCCGUCUCCCCUGGACCAGCGUCGCCCUACCAAUCGCUCUCCCGACCUUGUACCUCUGGAUCGUGGAUGAGCUCGCGCUCCGUCGAGGCACGUGGGCAAUUGAAUCUGGAACCAAGCUUGGCGUGACGGUCUGGGGCAGUCUGGAGGUGGAGGAGGCAAUCUUCUUCGCCGCAACCAAUUUCCUCAUUGUCUUUGGGCUGGGUGCCUUUGACAAUGCCCUGGCAGUCAUCGACGCUUUCCCAGACGUGUUCGAAUCCGCACCCGAAUGCCCCACACCUACCAUGCUCAUCAAAGCCUUGUUUAUUUCCUGGCCUGUGGAGCGCAAGGACCGCAUACGCGGGAUCCAGGAGGCGGUGGAGAGGCUUUGUCGGAAGAGCAGGAGUUUCUACCUGGCGAGCUCGACCUUUGCUGGCCGCUUGAGAAUCGACUUGGUCUUGCUAUACUCAUAUUGCCGCAUGGCAGACGACCUGGUUGAUGAGCCCCCUGAGGGUUUGGAUACCUCGACCUGGAUUAGCAAGCUAACCAAACACUUGGACCUAGUAUAUAAACCGAGAAAGGACACCACUCCAGCAAAACACGCAGUUAUGGUGACGGAAUACAUCGCCAACGAGUUUCCACCCUCAGCGAGAUCUGCUCUCGCGCUGCUCCCAGCGUCACUAAUGCCUUUUGAGCCAUUGUAUCUACUGCUUGAGGGUUUCAGAACCGAUUCGAAUUUUCAGUCCACCGGAAAGCGUAACUCUUUCCCAAUCGCGACAGAGCACGACCUUCACGGAUACGGGCGUCAGGUAGCUGGCACGGUAGGAGAGCUGUGUCUCGCCCUCAUUUCGCACCACAGCCGUGAACCCAUCGAUCCAGCCCACCGGGAGGCUGUAGCCACCGCCGCCCGACGGAUGGGCAUCGCUCUCCAGUUUGUUAAUAUCGCUAGAGACAUCGCGGUCGACGCUGCCCUAGGAAGGGUUUAUUUACCAACUUCCUGGCUAGCAGAAGAAGGUCUGAGCCCGGAGAAGGUCAUAGAGACCAUCACAAAGUCUCCUACAGCGAAAGGCGAACCAUGGGCCAAAGGCAAUAGCAGUAGACUGCAGGGUCUAGGGCGUCUGCGGGGAAUGUUGCUGGAGAGGGCUUUCGCGAUAUAUGCCGAGUCGAAGCCAGCUAUGGACUGGCUGCCCGACGAAUCGAGACGGCCGAUGAUGGUCGCGGUCGAGAGUUACAUGGAGAUCGGGAGGGUCCUGCUCGAGAAGGGGGAUGGCCCGGAAUCGUUUGGGGUUGUGAGAGGCAGGCCCACGCGUGCGACCGUGCCGAAAUUGAGGAGGAUGAGGGUAGCAUUGAGAGCGUUGUUGGAUGCAUAA